AUGGAUAAUAAGAAGGGCUUAAAUAUUUUUGGUAAAAACCUUAUUAAGAAUAUUGCUUAAUAAACUAAGAAAAUAAUAAUUAAUGCAGUUGAAUUAUUAGCGAGCAGUAUUUAAAAAGUAUCUGAAGAGAUUAGAAAUUAAUAACAAAUGACUUAAAUCACAAAAAUGGAUAAAAGCAUUUUUUUUGAUCCAGUAUUCAAACAAAACCUUUAAAAAAUGAAAAAAAAAAUAAUUUUAAGUACAUUAAAUGAAAUCAGUUAAAAAUAAGGGUUACCACUUCAGCAAAUAGAUAUUUCAAGCUUUGUGACUAGUGAAGAGUUUUUUAAAAAACGCUCAGAAUUCAUAUAGCAAUAAUUAGAAUUACACAGUGAUUAGAAAAACACAAAGGAAUGGAACUUAUUUUCUUUCUAUUACUUUAUCAUAACUUAUUUUGUUGACAAAGCGAAUUACAAAAGAAAUUAUGUAUCUUGCGGACCAACUAGUUAUAAUUUAAAAUGUUGUAUAUAAUGGAUCGAGGAAAUAUCAACAGUAGACAAAGUAGAUACUCUAAUUAAAGAAUAAGUUAAAGAUAUAUAGAAAAAAAAUAAUUAAGAAAUUUAAAUAGAUUAUGAAGAGAGUUAUGAAUCGCAGCCUUUUACUCUCUGCUUUUUAAAGCUAAAAGAACAUAAAUACAGCAAUUACUUCUAAAAAUUUAAAUUGGAUAGAAUUUAAUUGGAUUAAUAAGAAUUAAAAGAUGAAGAGGCUUUCUUAAAUGACUUGAUUGAAUGUUACGAAAUUUGGGGAAACAUGAUUUUGAUAGAUCAAUACAGAAAUAACAGAGUAUUACUUUACUUAUAAUUUUUAGAUAGCUACUCAGCACAAGAGUCAAAAAUUAAUUUAAUCAAAAAAUAUGAAAUUUCUGAAUUCAAAUUUUUUGAUAAAUUUGAUGCAUUUUAUUUUGUGUUUUAUUCAGAGUAUAUUAGUACCCUAAAAUAAGAAGAUGAAGAUGAAAUAUAUUUUUAUUUUCUAUUAAUUUGUAUCUUAAAUUUGCUGAAAACUAACUAUCUAGCAUUGAACAAGGAGCAAAAGCUAGUCAAGUUGAUAAAAAAAAUCAAAAGUUUUGAUAAUAUCAAAUUUAAACUAGGAUAUCAGUUUCUUCUUAGAUUAAUGAUAGAUUUUUAAGAGAAGUUAACACUUUCUGAAUCGAAUGAUGACUACAUUUCCUAUGAAUUUGAAAACCAAAAUAAACAUGAAUUUAGUUAGAAAAGCUUAGUUUAGUUAUUUAAAGAAUGGACUUAGGAGAAGUAUUAAGUUUCAGAAAAAUAUAUCAACAAAUAAUAGCUCCAGCUGUACAUUGAUUCAGCAUAAAGUGCUUUGAUUUUGGCAAUUUUACCAGAUUUAGUUAGGUUUUAUGAUAUCAAUGAGAAAAUACCCUAUCAACCUACUAACAUAGAUAUAGGAUAUGUUUAGCAAAUUGUAAGAGGAAAAAGACUUUAUGAUAAAAAACCUUAAGAAAAAGAAAAAAAUCUUACUUAUUGGGAAGAUUUAAUAAAGAAUAUAUCAAAUAACAGAGAUUAAGAGUAAGAGAUACUGAGCAGUUAUAGAUAGAAAACAUAUGAUAAAAAUCUUGCUCCAUCGAUUUUUUCCUUUAAUAUCUGUAGGAUAAACUUAUUAACUUUAUAAUUACUUUAUAAAAGUGAAAACUAAAAUGAAGAAAAUUCAAGUGAAACAGAAUUACUUAGAGAAUAAAUUUAAGAAUUAAUAUAGUAAAUAGGUAGCUAUAUGUAUUAAAACCUUUACAGAUAAAGAUAAUUUUAUUAAACUCUUUGUUCUUUAUUAAUAAACGGGAAUAGUAUCAUGAAUUACUUGAUUAAUUAAAUUAUAAAAAAUAAAACUUCUGUUGAAACCUAAUUUCAAUCUCAAUAAUUUAAAAAUUUUAUUCUCUCUUUCAAAUAAGAUUUAGAUAUCAGAAAUUUUAUUAACAAGAGAUUAAAAACAAAUUUUUGUUUACAAUCCACUGAUAAGAUGUUUGAAAAUUUAAGUAUAUAAUUCUUUAUAGCACAUGAUUAAUUUAUCUAACAAACCAAAGAUACAGAUAAAAAAGAGCUAGAAGAUACCAAAUAAAAAUUCGAAAAUAUAAAGAAAUAUUAUGGUUUUCUUAACAGAAAAAAGUACGAAGUUUUCAAAAUAAAUUUAUAAAUGUAUAUUAAAUUUGUAGAAUUAAUGAUUGAAUUAAAAUCAUCAUCCUAACAUUCAAUAUAUUCAUAUGAUGAGCUUGAAAAUAUAAGUAGUUCCUAGUUUAUUGUUAAAAAAGUAAAACUUAAAGGUAAUCAAGUCAGUAUAGUAGCUUUGAAAUAACCAUAAGAAGAAGAAGAAAAAGAUUAUUCAUAAUAACAAAUGAGAGAAAUUAGUAUUCUUUCCAAUCUACCUAAAAACAACCUCAUAAUUCAAUAUGUAGCUAUUGAAUAUUUACAUGAGCACAAUAUUGUGCAUGGGGAUAUCAAAUUAUCAAAUAUUUUAAUUAACUCAAGCGAUAAAAUUAAGAUAAUUGAUUUUAGUGAAUCAGGCUUUUUGGUUGAAGAAACAAUUGGUUAUACUGAAGACUAUGAAGCUAAGGAUAAUUUUAAAACUAGAUAUAUAGAUUAUUAUAGCUUAGGAAUAUUGUUGAUUAGAAUUUUUUACUCAUUUAAAUUCAAAAUUCGUUGUAAUUGUAAACAAGAAGCUAAAAAUUGCAAAAUGGAAAAUCACGAAGAAUUUAUACUUCAAGCAAUUUCAAAAAUUGAUGAUGAAUAAAGAAAAAAUCAAUAUUCUUAAAUUUUUUUUGAUUAAAUAAAAAGUUUACUGAAUGAUUAACCUUACUUAAGAUGUACUCUUAAAGAAUUAAUUUAUAUUAUUGACUUAGAGAUUGAAAUAAUUGAUAAUAAUUUUACAGAAACUCAGUGUUAAGAAUGCUAAUAGAAAUAUUUUUAAAAAUAUGGUAAAAUAAUUAAUUAUUAAAAUAUUGCUCCAGAUCCAACAGAUAUUAUAUAAUUUUGCUUAUUUUAAGGCAUAGAAAUUAAUUUUGAUCAUCCUGAUACAGACUAAUAAAGUGAAAGCCGAAAUUCGGAUUAAGGAGAAAAUGAAUAUAAUAAGAAAAAUGAAAAAAAUAGCAAUUCUUAAGAAAAAAAGUAAAGUGACAUUAAAAUUGAAAAUAAACCCUUUGAGGAAGGAUAAACGAUUGAUAAAAGAAUUAAAAAUCAUAAUAAUCAAAAUGAAUAAAGAAAUGAAAAUAACUUGAUUGGCUAAGAUAAAUUAAAUUUAGAGUAAACAUCUGGCACUUAAAACUAGAAAAGUAAAAGUUUAGAAAGCUAUUUUAUUGAUAAAAUAGAUAAAAAGGAAAAUGAGAUGGUUUUAAUUGGUCUUUUAAGAAAAUUAGAUAUAAACUUUCGUAAUCUAGGAAUAGAUAUUAGUAAAUUUAAAUUAAACUCUAAAGGAUAGAUAAAAUAUAUUUUAGAAACAUUGAUUACAUCAAAAACUUUAACAAUUGAAAAAGUUUUCUCUUUAAUAUCAGAUUAAUACAUCAGAAAGAUGCUAAAUGAAUUAAAAGGUAUAGCAAUUUAAAAUAAAGAAGUUAAUAAAGAUUCAAAAAAUAAGAUCAUAAAUUACUUUUUAUAAUUUAAAGAAUAAGAAUGA